CCCCACAUCCCCGCCGCCGCCGCCGCCGCUAACUUUGCUUCUCCGCAAAGAGCCGCCCUCCGGCAAACAGAGGGUCGGCGGAGCAGGGGUCCGAGCCGGCCCCAGCGAUGAAGGGCCGGCGGCGGUGGCGAGGCGAACAUCGCCGCUUCGCCGCGGUGCUGGUGCUGUACACGCUGCUGCUGCUCCUGCUGGUGCCCUACGCGCUGGACUACGGGGCCAGGCGCGGGCGAGUGGACGAAGAGCCGCUGCUGCGGCGCUGCCCAAGCCUGGAAGAGGCGCUGAGUGAGUGGGGCUGGGAGCAGCGACCGCCGCUGGACGAGGAAGAGGAGGAGGAUGAGGCGGGCACGGCCGGGGCGGCGGGUAACGGCAGCGCGGGGAAGCGGCACAUCUACCUGCACGCUACCUGGCGAACGGGCUCCUCUUUCCUCGGGGAGCUCUUCAACCAGCACCCCGACGUCUUCUACCUGUACGAGCCCAUGUGGCACCUUUGGCAGGCGCUCUACCCGGGGGACGCGCUGAGCCUGCAGGGAGCCCUCCGCGACAUGCUGCGCGCCCUCUUCCGAUGCGACUUCUCCGUCCUGCGCCUCUACACCGCCCCGUCCGGCCCCCGCGACCCGCUGGCCCCCCCCCCGCCGCAGCCGCAGCACCGCGCCGAGUUCUUCCUCGGCGGCGCGCUGGAGGUGAUCUGCCAGUCCUGGCUGCGCGAUCUCCUGCUGGCCCGGCGCGCCCCGGACUGGCUCCGCCGCCGCUACACGCAGCUCCGCUACGAGGACCUGGUGCGGGAGCCCCGCGCCGAGCUGCGCCGCCUGCUGCGCUUCGCCGGGCUGACGGUGCCGCCGGCCCUGGAGGACUUCGUGCUCAACAUGACCCGCGGCGCCGCCUACUCCUCCGACCGGCCCUUCCUCAUCUCCGCCCGCGACGCGCGGGAGGCCGUGCACGCCUGGCGGGAGCGCCUCAGCCGCCAGCAGGUGCGGCAGGUGGAGGCGGCGUGCGGAGAGGCCAUGAGCAUCCUCGCCUACCCCCUCAGCGCCGGCGACGCCCGGUAGCGCCCGAGCCCCGUGUCCCGGACGGGCCCAGGGCGGACGGACGGACGGGCAGAGCCGUCGGGCAGAGCUGAGCGCGGGGCUCACCGCU